AUGUGGCGACUUCUAUUGUUGACUAUUAUCGCGACUGCGUCAGCGCAGAUCCCUUCGCUCGGGUGGUGCCCUGAUUUUCAAGCUAUGGCAAACUUCAACAUGAACCGUUUCCUCGGUACAUGGUAUGAAGCCGAGAGGUAUUUCACCGUCACCGAGCUGGGCACCCGAUGCGUCACGACUCACUACACAGCCACACCUGAAGGAAGAAUCCUGGUCACCAACGAGAUCACCAAUUCCUUGACUGGCUUCAAGCGGAUAAUGGAAGGUCACCUGCAGAAGGUCGGCAGAGAAGGCGAGGGUCGCGUCAUGGUGAAGUACUCCUCAGUACCGUUGCCUUAUGAUUUCGAAUACAGCAUCCUGGACACCGAUUAUGACAGCUAUGCUGUUAUGUGGUCGUGCAGCGGCAUUGGACCUGUGCAUACUCAAAAUACUUGGUUGCUGACUCGUGACAGACUCCCAUCCCUGGCUGUGAUGCAGAACGCUUACGCUGUCCUCGACAGGUUCAAGAUCUCUAGGACUUUCUUCCUGAAGACCAACCAGGCUGACUGCACCAUCCUCCCUGAACCAGCAGCGGUUAGCGAACUCAAGAAUGCUGAUGUACCUGUAGUUGCUGAGGAAGUUGAGAAGGAGAAGGAGAAGGCGGUUGAGCAACCCGUUGAGAAAAGAGUCGACCCCGAAGUAAAGGCAGUUGAACCCGAAGAGAGAUCAGCCGUACCAGCAGAGAUUGCAGCUGAAGAACCCAACAAGCCGAUGCAGGUCCCAGAACUGAUCAUGUCUGAAUCUGAAAAGAAAGAAGAGAAAAUUGAGAAAAUAGAAGAACCAGCGAUGAUGGCCGAAACAAAAGAAAAUAAAGAAGCGCCUGCACAGUAG